UUAUCAUAUACCCAUUUCUAUUUCACCGUUCUUCUUCUCGCAAACUACAUCUUCUCUCAUCAAUGGCUUUAUGGAGUCCACGCUUGCAAAGAUUUCUACUCAACAACAACGUUAGUAAGAUCGACUUGAAGAAGACUAAUAGUUGUAAUAGAAAUAAUCAUAUAAUUAUGAGAAAGUGGAGUAGAGAAGGCAGCCCCCGGUGCUGUUCGGCGAUUGCAAUCGACGCUCCAUCUUCUCUCUCUGAUGGCCUUGGCUCUGGGAUCAGAUGGGGUUCCGCCAAAUUACAAGGUGCCCGCGAGGAGAUGGAAGACGAUGCUGUUAUAGUCGGCUCAUCGCCUCAUAACGAACUUGAUGGUUUCUUUUUUGCUGCCGUUUUCGAUGGCCACGCGGGUUUCUCUUCUGUUAAGUUCCUCAGGGAGGAGCUAUACAAGGAGUGUGUUAAGGCUCUACAAGGGGGGCUAUUGUUGAGUAAAAAAGACACCAUUGGAAUCGAGAAAGCACUGCAGGAGGCUUUCCAGAAUGCUGAUGCCAAACUUCUAAACUGGCUUGAGAUGAAUGGAGAGGAUGAUGAAUCUGGUGCAACAGCUACAACUAUGUUCCUAGGAAACAAUAUGCUGUUCAUCUCUCAUGUUGGUGAUUCAUGUGCGGUUCUUUCACAGUCUGGAAAGGCACAAGAAUUGACCAAUUCUCACAGACCCUAUGGAAGAAACAAGGUUUCCCUUCAAGAGAUCAAGCGAAUCAGAGAAGCAGGUGGAUGGAUUUCGGAUGGAAGAAUCUGUGGAGAUAUUUCUGUAUCUCGUGCCUUUGGUGACAUGCGGUUUAAAACAAAGAAGAAAGAGAUGCUGGAAAAGGGAGUUGCCGAAGGCAGAUGGUCUGAAAAAUUCGUAUCACGCAUACGCUUCUUUGGGGACUUGGUUAUUGCUACUCCUGAUAUUUAUCAAGUUACACUUGGGCCUGAAGCAGAAUUUGUAUUGUUAGCAACUGAUGGCUUAUGGGACUACAUUAAAAGCUCGGAUGCGGUCAACUUUGUUAGAAACCAACUUCGGGAACAUGGAGAUGUGCAGGCUGCAUCUGAAGCUCUAGCUCAAAUGGCCUUGGACCAAUAUUCUCAAGAUAAUGUAACCAUUGUGAUUGCUGAUUUGGGGCGGACGGAUUGGGAAAAUUUACCUAUACAGAAACAAAACUUUGUGUAUGAAAUGAUCCAAGCUUUUGCGACCAUUGGUAUCGUGUCGUUUGGGAUAUGGAUGUCAUCUACUGCUUCAUUUUGAAACUCAACUCUCUCCCUCUGUCUGUAUAUAAUCAAAUCAUAUUCUAUUACUGUAAGUGUAUAACAUAUAUAUACCUUACUUCAUCUAUUAAUCUAUUAUUAUAGCCAGCAUAAAUGUAUGAUGAUAUCUUGUUUUAAAAGUGUAUUGUAUUUAGAUCAGAAUCAGAUGAUAAAAAGCCAGC